CAUGCCAGUAGUCAGCUGUCUUUAUUUCACAACGUGUGCAACCUGAAUUUGUUUUUCUGGUGAAAUUCCCAAAUUUCCGAGAUAAAACGCUGAUAAAAUGGAUGGAAAUCCAAAGAAACCCAUCUUUCGUGAUCUAACCGCUGAGGACCCCGAACCAGAAGCCACAGAAAUUGAGAGUUUGUGCGUAAACUGCAUGAAAAACGGUACCACGAGGUUGUUGCUCACCAAGAUCCCAUUCUAUCGAGAAGUCAUUCUAAUGUCGUUUGAGUGCGAAGAUUGUGGUUACCGGAACAAUGAGAUUCAGUCUGGAGGUGAAAUUGCAGACCGGGGAUGCAAAAUUACGCUGGAAGUCAAGAAUCCGCAGGAUUUGAACAGGAAAGUAGUCAAAUCGGACUACAGUAGUAUCAAGAUUGUCGAGAUGGACUUUGAGAUACCUUCCCAGUCGCAGAAAGGCGAGAUUACAACAAUUGAGGGUAUUCUCGAGAGGAGUAUCAAGGGACUGCAGCAGGAGCAGGAAAUUCGACGGGAAAAUCACCCGGAAGUUGCUGAACAAAUUGAUACAUUUUGUCAGUCGUUGACAAAGCUAAAAGAUGGCAAAGAGCCUUUUACCUUCGUUCUUGAAGAUAUCACUGGCAAUUGCCAUGUGGAGAAUCCCAGUGCUCCAGCUGCAGAUCCGCAGCUGACAAUCACUCGUUUUGUGCGGUCAGAGGAGCAAAAUCAUCAGCUGGGCAUUUAUACAAAGGCAGAAGUGGCCAAGAAGAGUGACGAAGGGAACUUCUUGCUGAAGAUGAUAGAGGAAGAUGAAUGGCCUCUGGAGGAGCUUCUGGGUGAAGUGUUGCAAUUCUCCACACUCUGCCCUGAAUGCCGUUCGCCCUGUGAGACCAACAUGAAGAUGACUAGCAUUCCGCACUUCAAGGAAGUCGUGAUAAUGGCCACAGUUUGUGAUGUCUGUGGCUGCAAAACGAAUGAAGUGAAGUCCGGGAGUGGAAUUGAGGAGUUUGGUGUGAGAAUUGAAGUGAAAAUCGAAGGAAGGGAGGAUUUGUCACGUGAUGUCCUCAAGUCAGAUACUUGUGGGCUCAUCAUUCCGGAGAUUGAUUGCGAGGUGGGACCAAGUGCUCUCGGGGGACGCUUUACUACCGUCGAAGGUAUCCUUGAUGCCAUCAAAAAGCAGCUGAGUGAGGGAGGAGAUACCUUUGUCGACUCAAGUGAUGAGACUACAAAGCAGAAGUUGGAUAGAUUUAUCGAAACUUUGGGAGAAAUAAUCGCAGGGAGGAAGAAAAUCACUUUGAUCCUGGAUGAUCCAGCUGGGAAUAGCUAUGUGCAAUCUUUGGCAGAUGGAGACGCUAUGGAUGAUGCUCUGAAGAUCACAAAGUACACCAGAAGCUUUGAACAAAAUGAGGAGCUGGGUCUCAAUGACAUGAAGACGGAAAACUAUGGAGAGGAACUUCUGGAGAAGGAAGACACCAAAAGCUAAUUGAAGGCAUUUUCUUGAGGAAUUGUUAAAAUUUUUAGCAGAAAAUAAAUAUUUUCCAUGUCUAAA